CAUUGAGCUCCAUAGAGACAGCGCCGGGGCAAGCGAGAGCCGGACGGGCACUGGGCGACUCUGUGCCUCGCGGACGAAAAUCAACUAAACAUGGGCAAAGGAGAUCCUAAGAAGCCGAGAGGCAAAAUGUCCUCGUAUGCAUUCUUUGUGCAAACUUGCCGGGAGGAACACAAGAAGAAGCACCCGGAUGCUUCUGUCAACUUCUCAGAGUUCUCCAAGAAGUGCUCAGAAAGGUGGAAGACCAUGUCUGCUAAAGAAAAGGGGAAAUUUGAAGACAUGGCCAAGGCUGACAAGGCUCGUUAUGAAAGAGAAAUGAAAACCUACAUCCCCCCCAAAGGGGAGACCAAAAAGAAGUUCAAGGACCCCAAUGCACCCAAGAGGCCUCCUUCGGCCUUCUUCUUGUUCUGUUCUGAGUAUCGCCCCCAAAUCAAAGGAGAACACCCUGGCUUAUCCAUUGGUGAUGUUGCAAAGAAACUGGGAGAGAUGUGGAACAACACUGCUGCAGAUGACAAGCAGCCCUACGAAAAGAAGGCUGCCAAGCUGAAGGAGAAGUACGAAAAGGAUAUUGCUGCCUACAGAGCUAAAGGAAAACCCGAUGCAGCGAAAAAGGGGGUGGUCAAGGCGGAAAAGAGCAAGAAAAAGAAGGAAGAGGAAGAUGAUGAGGAAGACGAAGAGGAUGAAGAGGAGGAGGAAGAAGAGGAAGACGAAGAUGAGGAAGAAGAUGAUGAUGAUGAAUAAGUUGGUUCUAGCGCAGUUUUUUUUCUUGUCUAUAAAGCAUUUAACCCCCCUGUACACAACUCACUCCUUUUAAAGAAAAAAAUUGAAAUGUAAGGCUGUGUAAGAUUUGUUUUUAAACUGUACAGUGUCUUUUUUUGUAUAGUUAACACACUACCGAAUGUGUCUUUAGAUAGCCCUGUCCUAGUGGUAUUUCCAAUAGCCACUAAC